AUGGAGCGUGGUGGCGGGGAGAGCCCCUGCAUGCAGGACAGUCCUGAGCGGGAGCGGCGGGGGGGCAGCCCGGACCUCAGUGGACCCCCGCCAGGGAAGAUGGGGCGUUUGGAGCUCAACGGGAGCCCCACUGGGCCACGCCUCCUACGCCACAACGGCCACCCACACAGACCUCUGGGAGGUCUGAUGAUCCCAGUGUUCUGUGUGGUCGAGCAGGCAGGGCCUGACGGAGGGAUGCAGCGUGAACGAGAGCGUGAAGAGGUGGAGAGGAAGGAGGGACACAGAGAGGAGCAUGCUGAGUUUGUCCUGGUCAGGAAGGAUAUCCUCUUCAACCAGCUUGUGGAGACAGCCCUGCUGGCCCUGGGGUACUCCCACAGCUCAGCAGCUCAGGCCCAUGGCAUCAUCAAGGUGGGUCGUUGGAACCCUCUGCCCAUCCACUUCCUAUCAGAUGCUCCUGAAGCCACGGUGGCUGAUAUGUUGCUGGACGUCUAUCACAUGGUCACCCUCCGCAUUCAGCUACAGAGCUUUGCCAAGCUGGAGGACCUUCCGUCAGAGCAGUGGAACCACGCCACGGUGAGGAACGCCCUCAAGGAGCUUCUCAAGGAGAUGAACCAAAGCACACUGGCCAAGGAGUGCCCCCUCUCACAGAGUAUGAUUUCCUCAAUAGUAAACAGCUCCUACUAUGCCAAUGUCUCCACUGCCAAAUGCCAGGAAUUUGGACGCUGGUACAAGAAGUACAAGAAAAUCAAAGGUGAGAGUUUGGAGAGAGACAGCCUGGCAGACUUCUGUGUCAUGGGCCAGCUUCCCCCUCCCCACCUGGCCAGCCUGACCCAGCUCAGCCACCUUGGACAACAACACCCCCCCUCGCCCCACGGCCAGCUCCACCACAGCCCCCCUCUGCGUGGCCAGGUCCCCCCUCCAGCCUCCCUUCAGCCUCUCCUCGGCCCAGGCGGGCUUCUCUCCCCCCAGCUUAGCCCUCAGCUUGUCCGACAGCAGCUAGCCAUGGCUCACCUCAUCAACCAGCAGCUCGCUGUUAACCGCCUGCUAGCCCACCAGCACCCACAGGCCCUCAACCAGCAGUUCCUCAACCACCCUCCCAUCCCUCGGCCCUCCAAGGCAGGGGGCCUUGGGGACCCCGGGAACAACCCAUCUGCUGCGGAAGUCUCCACUGAUAUCUACCAGCACGUCAGGGACGAACUGAAGAGAGCCAGCGUCUCACAGGCUGUGUUCGCUCGCGUGGCCUUCAACAGAACACAGGGCCUGCUGUCGGAGAUCCUGCGGAAGGAGGAGGACCCUCGCUCUGCCUCUCAGUCCCUGCUGGUCAACCUCAAAGCCAUGCAGAACUUCCUCAACCUCCCUGAGGGGGAGAGAGACCGUAUUUACCAGGAGGAGCGUGAGCGCAGCAUGAAUCCCCCUGUCGGCCUGCCCCCUACCCCUAGCUCCAGCCCCGGGGGCCCCCGCCUCUCACAGCCCAAGCCGCCAUGCCUCAACCCAGACCUGCCCCUGAAGCUGGAGUCUCUGGUCAACAUCACGUCAGGUAUCUAUGAUGAGAUCCAGCAGGAGAUGAAGAGGGCCAAGGUGUCUCAGGCGCUGUUCGCCAAGGUGGCUGCCAACAAGAGCCAGGGCUGGCUGUGUGAGUUGCUGCGGUGGAAGGAGAACCCUAGCCCAGAGAACCGUACUCUGUGGGAGAACCUGUGUACCAUCCGGAGGUUCCUGACCCUGCUCCAGACAGACAGAGACCUGGUGUAUGAAGAGGAAUCCAGGCACCACCACAGUGAGAGGCUGCAUACUGUACUACACCUGCCCCAAGAACCACAGGCACUGCACAGACAACCCCCACAACCCCUGAAGGACCACUCCCCGAUGCGCGAGGACCCCAUGCCCCUCCAGGGUAAUGAUGAAGAGUCCCAGAAUGUUGAAAGAGUCAGUUCAGGAGUCGGUGGUGGCGUGGUCAUUAAGAAGCCUCGGUCGCGCACUAAGAUCUCACUAGAAGCUCUGGGCAUCCUGCAGAGCUUCAUCCAGGAUGUGGGUCUUUAUCCGGACCAAGAGGCCAUCCACACUCUGUCAGCCCAACUGGACCUGCCCAAGCACACCAUCAUCAAGUUUUUCCAGAACCAGCGUUACCACGUCAAGCAUCACGGCCGGCUGAAGGAGCUGGGGGAGGGGGCCGGUGGUGUGGACGUCAGCGAAUACAGAGACGAGGAGCUCCUCUCCAGCUCAGAGGACCCUGAGUCCAGCGAAGACGGUCAUGAGGAGAUGUACCCCACUACAGAGAGGGAAAGAAGGGGAAGCAACCCAGCAGGGUCAGCCCCUGCCCUGGCACCAGCCCAGCCUUCAGGGACCAGCAUGGGGGCCAUGGAAGAGGGCAAGGACAAGGGGCAUUCUCAUGGUCUGAGUGGGGGCCGAGCCAGCUCCCUGCCCCCUGGUAGCUCCUCAUCCAGCCCCAGAGAGCAGGCUGACUUCCAGAGAUAGAGACCCAGAGACCAGAGGAGAUGCAGAAAGAGAGUGAGAG